UUUGACUCCCUCGGUGAUCCUGAUUCCGUUAAUAUUCCGUCUCUCCUGCACCGUUUUUCGGUUCUCCGGGCGGUUUGAAAGCCACAGCGGGUGUGUGUCCGCCGGCCUGCCGCUGCAGCUACGGCUCGGUGUCGGACGGUUCGGGCGUGUUCGUCCCCUUCUGGCUGCGGAGCGACGACCACAAAUCUGCGCGGUAAUCUCCGGAUUUCAGCCUGAAACCGCGAACAGACGGCGGAGGGAUUUCUGAGAUUUUUGCCUCCGUCCUCCGGUGCUGGAGAUAAAUCCGUUAAUUUUAUUACCGGAUGGAGGCAGCAGGCUGACCCUCCGGACCGACACCGGGAGGGUCCUGGUCCUGGAAACGGGUCGGUACCGUCGUCUUAUCUGCGGACCUGCAGGUUCGGUCAGAAAAAUCUAUUUUAAAUAAUUAAAAUAAUGACAUUAUUGUUGUCAUUUAUGGAGUUUUAGUAAUUUAUUUAUUCUUCUGUAAUUUAUUAAAAUUAACUUUAAAUAACAUUUCUGCCAUAAAGUCUGUUUUUACAGUAAUAUUUAAAAUAAAAACGUGUUUGUGUGUAAAACUACCCAGUAAAUUAGAAAUGUAGUAAAAAAAAAAAAACUUUAUAAACAAAUAAAAACUAAAACAUCUGUUAGUUUAUUGGGUUUAUGUUUUUAUCUGUUUUUAAAACUUUUUAUGAACUAAAAUCUAAAUGAAAUCUGUAAAGUGAGAAAUAUUACGUACAUUUCUAAUCAUUAGCAUUAAUUAUUGAACCGUUUUAAGCCGUGCAGGAAAUUUUCUAAAAGGAUAAAAACUAAAAUAUUCUUCAGAUAUCGUCCCUAAAAGUUGUAAUAUUCAACAAAUCUACAAAAAGCUGUUUCUGAUUUUAUUUUGUAUAAAUAAUUGCUAGCUGAUGAAGUUUGAUGAAAUAAUUCCCUGUAAACUAAUAAUUCAUUCACUUCCUGAAGCAGCUCCAUGAACUUCCUGCUCCUCAACUAACGUUAGCUAGCAGCGCUGAGGCUGCAGUCUGGAAUUAUGGGAAGUGUGCUCGGCUGUUGGGCUGUUAAAGGGACUACAGUGGUGCACUACUGCUCCCGGUGGCGUUAGCGGCGGCAGACUGACCGGACUGUGAGCCGCCAUGUCGGAUAAAACGGCGCCGCGCUGCCAGCUGAGGCUGGAGUGGAUCCACGGCUACCGAGGACAUCAGUGCCGCAACAACCUGUUCUACACGGCCGGCAAGGAGCUGGUGUACUUCGUGGCCGGCGUGGGCGUGGUCUACAACACCCGGGAUCACACCCAGAAGUUCUACCUGGGACACAACGAUGACAUCAUCAGCCUGGCCAUCCAUCCAGAUAAGAUCCAGGUGGCGACGGGUCAGGUGGGUAAGGACCCGUUCAUCUGUAUCUGGGACACCUAUGCCAUGCAGACGGUGUCCAUCCUGAGGGAUGUCCACACCCACGGAGUUGCCUGUCUGGCCUUUGACUCAGACGGACAGCGACUGGCCUCGGUCGGCCUAGACGCCAAGAACACGCUAUGCAUUUGGGAUUGGAGGAGAGGACGAGUCCUCGCCACGGCGACCGGACACUCGGACAGAAUCUUUGACGUCUGCUGGGAUCCGCUCCAGGCCAGCCGGCUGGUCAGCUGUGGAGUCAAGCACAUCAAGUUCUGGACUCUGUGUGGAAACGCUCUGACUCCAAAGAGAGGAAUCUUCGGGAAGACAGGCGACCUCCAGACCAUCUUGUGUGUCUCUGCAGCCAAAGAGGAGCUGACAUACUCCGGAGCUCUGAACGGAGAUGUCUACGUCUGGAAGGGAAUCACUCUGAUCAGGACCGUGCAGGCUGCUCACGGGGCUGGGAUCUUCAGCAUGCAUGCCUGCGAGGAAGGAUUUGCCACCGGAGGACGAGAUGGCUGCAUCCGACUGUGGGACGUCGACUUCAAACCCAUCACCAAGAUCGACCUGAGAGAGGCCGAGCAGGGAUACAAAGGUCUGUCGAUCCGCAGCGUCUGCUGGAAGGCCGACCGUAUUCUGGCCGGGACUCAGGACAGCGAGAUCUUCGAGGUGAUGGUCCGAGACCGGGACAAACCGGUUCUGCUGAUGCAGGGUCACAGCGAGGGCGAGCUGUGGGCGCUGGACCUACACCCCAAACAGCCGGUCGCUGUUACCGGGAGUGACGACCGCUCCGUCAGGCUGUGGAGUCUACCUGACCACACCCUGCUGGCUCGCUGUAACAUGGAAGAGUCAGUCCGAAGUGUUUCCUUCAACAACGACGGCUCUCAGCUGGCUCUGGGCAUGAAAGACGGAUCGUUCACGGUGCUGCGAGUCAGGGAUAUGACGGAGGUCGUCCACAUCAAGGACAGGAAGGAGGUGAUCCACGAGCUGAAGUUCUCUCCCGACGGUUCCUACCUGGCGGCGGGAUCUAACGACGGGCUGGUGGACGUCUACGCCGUGGCUCAGCGCUACAAGAAGGUGGGGGAGUGCAGUCGCUCCGCCUCCUUCAUAACUCACCUGGACUGGUCCGUCGACAGCCGCUUCCUGCAGACCAACGACGGAGCCGGAGAAAGACUCUUCUACCGGAUGCCAGCGGGAAAGCUGGUUCCUAAGGAGGAGGCGAAGGGGAUCCACUGGAUGACCUGGACAGGUGUCGUCGGGCCGGAGGCGAACGGCAUCUGGCCCAAAUACUCGACCGUCACCUCAGUGAACUCGGUGGACGCCAACUACAGCAGCGCCGUGCUGGUAACCGGAGAUGACCUCGGCCUCGUCAAACUGUUCAGGUUCCCCUGCCUGAAGAAAGGAGCCAAAUUUAAGAAGUACAUCGGCCACUCCGCCCACGUGACCAGCGUUCGCUGGUCCAAUGAUCUGCAGUGGGUCAUCAGCACCGGCGGCGCCGACCACGCCGUUUUCCAGUGGAGGUUCCUGCCUGAAGGAGUCAUGAACGGAGUCCUAGAACCGCUCCUCCAAGAGGGCUACGCCGACUCCAACAGCGGCGAGUCGGACUCGGAUGUGUCGGACGUCCCGGAGCUGGAUUCGGACAUCGAGCAGGAAGCUCAGACCAGCUACGAGCGUCAGGUGUACAAGGAGGACCUGCCGCAGCUCAGGAAAAAGCUGAUUGGCUCCCUAAAGCGGCAGAAAGCUCCGGAUGAAGGCCUCCGUCUGCAGUUUGUUCACGGGUACCGGGGCUUCGACUGCCGUAACAACCUCUUCUACAGUCAGACAGGUGAGGUGGUGUACCAUGUGGCCGCUGUCGCCGUCGUCUACAACCGGCUGCAGCACAGUCAGAGGUUUUAUCUCGGCCACGACGACGACAUCCUCAGCCUCGCCGUCCACCCGCUCAAAGACUACGUGGCCUCCACUCAGGUGGGCAGAGAUCCAGCCAUUCACGUCUGGGACAUCCAAACCCUAAAGUGUCUGUCGCUGCUCAAAGGACACCACAGCAGAGGGGUCUGUUCUCUGGAGUUCACAGCGGACGGCAAGAGUUUGAUCUCGGUGGGAAUCGAUGAAUUUCACUCCAUUGUCAUCUGGGACUGGAAGAAAGGAGAGAGACUAGCCAAGGCCAAGGGUCAUAAGGAGAAGAUCUUUGUGGUGAAGAGUAACCCCUUCAGGAUGGACAAACUGGUGACUGUGGGGAUGAAACACAUCAAGUUCUGGCAGCACUCGGGGGGUGGUCUGACAUUCAAACGAGGGAUUUUUGGGAACCUAGGGAAGCAGGAGACGAUGAUGUCGGCGUGUUAUGGCAGAUCGGAGGACCUGGUGUUCUCUGGCGCUACCAACGGAGAUGUUUACAUCUGGAGAGACACGACGCUCAUCAAGACCAUCAAGGCCCAUGACGGGCCGGUGUUCGCCAUGUGCUCCCUGGACAAGGGCUUUGUGACGGGGGGGAAGGACGGCAUCGUGGAGCUGUGGGACGACAUGUUCGAGAGAUGUCUUAAGACGUACGCCAUCAAGAGAGCCGCCCUCUCUCCAUCCUCUAAAGGUCUGCUGCUGGAGGACAACCCGUCCAUCAGAGCCAUCACUCUGGGCCAUGGCCACAUCUUGCUGGGAACCAAGAAUGGAGAAAUCCUCGAGAUCGACAAGAGCGGUCCAAUGACGCUGCUGGUUCAGGGUCACAUGGAGGGUGAGGUGUGGGGUUUGGCAGCUCACCCUCUGCUGCCCGUCUGCGCCACCGUCAGUGACGACAAAACUCUGAGAAUCUGGGAGCUGUCGGCCAAUCACCGCAUGGUCGCCGUCCGCAAGCUCAAGAAAGGUGGGCGGUGCUGCGCCUUCUCUCCGGACGGUAAAGCUCUGGCGGUUGGUCUGAACGAUGGCAGCUUCUUGGUGGUCAACGCUGACACGCUGGAGGACAUGGUGACCUUCCAUCACCGCAGAGAGCUCAUCUCAGACAUUCGCUUCUCCCAAGAUGCAGGGAAGUACCUGGCCGUGGCCUCACAUGACUCCUUUGUAGACAUCUACAACGUCCUGACCAGUAAGAGAGUCGGCAUCUGUAAAGGAGCUGGGAGCUACAUUACCCACAUCGACUGGGACUCCAGAGGUAAACUGCUGCAGGUGAACACUGGCGCUAAAGAGCAGAUGUUCUUUGAGGCUCCGCGGGGACGCAAACAGAAUAUCAGCAUGGCCGAGUUUGAAAAGCUGGACUGGGCCAGCUGGACGUCUGUUCUGGGUCCAACCUGCGAAGGAAUAUGGCCGACGCUCAGCUUCGUCAAUGCCGCCUCGCUCACCAAAGAUCGCAAACUGCUCGCCACCGGAGACGACUUCGGCUUCCUAAAGCUGUUCAGCUUCCCGUCCAGGGGCCAGUUUGCCAAAUUUAAGAAGUAUGUGGGUCACAGCACCAAUGUGACCAACAUCCGUUGGUCCAAUGACGACUCCAUGCUGCUGUCAGUGGGCGGAGCUGACACGGCGCUGAUGAUCUGGACCAGAGAAGCACCAGGACACAAAGAAAGCAAAGCUGUGGACAGUGAGGAGUCGGACGAUGACACCGAGGAGGACGGAGGGUACGACAGUGACGUGGCUCGGGAGAAGGUGGUGGACUACAUCACCAAGAUCUACUCAGCCAGCAUCAGGAACAUGUCAGGAACCAAACCUCACCAGCAGCACAAAGAGCUUCCUGUGGAGGAGAGGCCUCCUGUGAGCCGAGCUGCACCUCUGCCCGACAAACUGCUGAAGAACAACGUGACUAAGAAGAAGAAGGUGGUGGAGGAACUGGUGUUGGAGCACGUCUUUGGCUACCGAGGCUUUGACUGUCGCAACAACCUGCAUUACCUCAACGACGGCGCUGACAUCAUCUUCCACACCGCCGCCGCUGUGGUCAUCCAGAACCUCUCCACCGGAACGCAGAGUUUCUAUCUGGAACACACCGACGACAUCCUCUGUCUGACUGUCAAUCAGCACCCCAAAUACCAGAACAUCAUCGCCACCGGGCAGAUCGGUGACGUCACUGACCUGCCAGGCUUUGCUCCUUCCAUCCAUGUGUGGGAUGCCAUGACCAAGCAGACGCUGUCCAUCCUGCGUUGUUCCCAUGCUAAAGGUGUUGGCUACGUCAACUUCAGUGCUACAGGGAAGCUGCUGCUGUCUGUGGGGGUGGAGCCUGAACACACCAUCACGGUGUGGAGGUGGCAGGAAGGCACCAAGGUGACCAGUAAAGGUGGCCACGCUGAGCGGAUCUUUGUGGUGGAGUUCAGACCAGACUCCGAUACCCAAUUUGUGUCAGUGGGAAUCAAACACAUCAAGUUCUGGACUCUGGUUGGAGGUUCGCUCAUGUACAAGAAAGGAGCGAUUGGCUCGGUGGAGGACGGCCGCAUGCAGACCAUGUUGUCUGUCGCAUUUGGUGCUAAUAACCUGACCUUCACUGGUGCCAUCAAUGGAGAUGUGUACGUUUGGAGGGAGCACUUCCUGGUGCGAGUUGUGGCGAAGGCCCACAGCGGUCCGGUGUUCACCAUGUACACCACCCUGAGGGACGGACUCAUCGUCACUGGGGGCAAAGAACGGCCGACUAAAGAGGGAGGUGCUGUGAAGCUCUGGGACCAGGAGAUGAAGCGCUGCAGAGCGUUCCUGCUGGAAACCGGCCAGCCGGUGGAGAACGUCCGAUCCGUCUGCAGAGGGAAGGGUAAAAUCCUGGUGGGAACCAAAGACGGGGAGAUCAUAGAGGUUGGAGAGAAGAACGCCGCCUCCAACACCAUGAUCAACGGACACACCCAGGGGGGGAUCUGGGGUCUAGCAACUCAUCCUUUCAAAGACAUCUUCAUCUCCGCCAGCGAUGACGGAACCAUCAGGAUCUGGGACCUGGCUGAUAAGAAACUCCUGAACAAGGUGAGUCUGGGUCAUCCUGCCAAGUGUACAUCCUAUAGUCCCAACGGAGAAAUGGUUUCCAUCGGCAUGGAGAACGGAGAGUUCAUCGUCCUGCUGGUCAACUCGCUCACCGUGUGGGGGAAGAAGAGAGAUCGCAGCGUGGCCAUCCAGGACAUUCGGUUCAGUCCAGACAACCGGUUCUUGGCGGCGGGUUCAGUUGAAAGUGCUGUGGACUUCUACGACCUUUCCCUUGGACCAUCUCUCAAUCGGAUUGGCUACUGUAAGGACAUCCCCGGCUUCGUCAUCCAGAUCGACUUUUCUGCUGACAGCAAACACAUUCAGGUCUCCACCAGCACCUACACCCGGCAGGUCCAUGAAGUUCCCUCAGGGAAGAUCGUCACAGAGCUGCCCGCCAUUGAAAGAAUCACCUGGGCUUCCUGGACCAGCAUCCUUGGUGAUGAGGUUCUUGGCGUUUGGCCUCGGAACGCUGAGAAAGCCGACGUGAACUGUGCUUGUGUUUCCCACGCCGGCCUCAACCUGGUGACCGGAGAUGACUUCGGCCUCAUCAAGCUCUUCGACUUCCCGUGCAGCGACAAGUUCGCCAAACACAAGCGCUACUUCGGUCACUCUGCUCAUGUGACCAACAUUCGUUUCUCCUGUGAUGAUAAAUAUGUGAUCAGCGCCGGCGGCAGCGACUGCAGUCUGUUCAUCUGGAAAUGUCAGUGAGACCUGGAACCUCCUGGAACCUCCACCUGGUCCCUCCACCUAGAUCCACUUGGAUCCACCUGGUCCCUCCUCCUGGUUCCACCUGGUUCCUCCUCCUGUAGAUGCUGCACUCUCCUGGAUCUUCAGUCUGGUUCCUGAGGGACUCCCUUGGCGGGGAUGGAGCCGUCAGUUUGUCUUGCUGGUCUUCUUGUACAUUGAGAUGCGUUGAUUUGAACCUAAGGAGGGUGUGUGUGUCGUAGUCGUAGUUGUGUGUGAACCUGAGGGUGUGUGUGACAUAGUUGUAGUUGUGUGUGGACCUGAAGAGGGUGUGUGUGUCUUAGUCGGGGUGUAGCUGUGUUCGUAGCGGUGUUUCGUUGUCAGUAUGUGCCUUUUUCACAAACUCUGACCAAACAUUUGAUACGACUUUCUGUCUAAUCGUGGUGCUACGUGACGUUUAGGGCUUCUACUGUUGUUGUUGUGUGUCUCGUUGUGUGAUGAUGAUGAUGAUGUAAUUUUAUUUCACUGCACUAGAGUGAAGCUUAAAAAAUAGAGGAAGAUGGAUCAGUGUUUGAUCCCAGUCAUCAAUAACUGAAGAUCAAUAGAAAAUAGUUUGUACAAAAAAAGAUUCUACCUCAAAAUACAGCAAAGUGAAACUGAAUAAAAGUUGAUGUGUUUAAGGUAGAAAAGAGAUAUUUAGUAAAACGAUUUUUGUGGACAUGACUUUUACAUUCAGAUGGUGGCGCUGUCGUCUUUCUGUUUGUCUGCUGAGAUGUUUGAGUUCAAUAACACUGAAGAUUGUUACUGUAGAGAGACACAGAGAUCAUUUCAUGCUUCUAUCAUUUGAUGAAAUGGUUUCUAGAAAUGUCUUCCAGAAGUCUGGUUGGGUUCUCCUGAAGCUCUUACGACAACUAGGACCUGAUGACUGAGAACCUCCACAGACCAUCUGAUAACAAAACGACCAAAACGAGACACAAAACAACCAAAACACGACACAAAACGACCAAAACUAGACACAAAACAACCAAAACGAGACAAAAAACAACCAAAACGAGACACAAAACGACUGAAACGAGACACAAAACGACCAAAACGAGACACACAAUGGCCAAAAGUAGACACAAAACAACCAAAACGAGACACAAAAUGAAAAAAACAAGACACAAAACGACCAAAACUAGACACAAAACAACAAAAACAAGACAAAACAAGACACAAAAAGACAAAAACUAGACACAAAACAACAAAAGACAAAACGAGACAAAACAACAAAAACGAGACACAAAACAACAAAAAACAGACAAAACAAAACUGAGACAAAACGCCAAAAAGUAGGCACAAAACGUGACACAAAACGACCAAAACGAGACACAAAACGACAGAAACGAGACACAAAACAACAAAAACGAGACACAAAACAACAAAAACGAGAUACAAAACGACAAAAACGAGACAAGACGACAAAAAUGAGACACAAAACCACAAAAAUGAGUCACAAAACAAAAAUGAGACAAAAAACGACGAGACAAAACUAGACACAAAACAAGAUACAAAACGACAAAAAUGAGACAAAACGACAAAAACUAGACACAAAACGAGACACAAAACGACAAAAAUGAGACAAAACGACCAAAACCAGACACAAAAUGACAGAAACAUCAUCAACAGGUCAUGCUAACAUGUUGUGGGACACGUUCCAUGUAGAACUAGAAAAGCACUCAGAGAGCGCAGUACUCUGCCAAGGCUGCUCAGUUGAUGUAUCAUUUCUGAUGGAUGAAAUCUUUAAUAAAAAAUGACCUUGUGCUGAGCACAGGCAUGUGUUAUACAUGUGCAUGUUAUGUAUGGAUACUGAAUUGCGUGUAAAUUACUCUUAUAAAGGUCUGUUGAUCAGUUCAUCACAUUUGGCAAGCCUUUGUUUUGCUAGUGUUAAAAUAACCGUUCCCUCCAUGCUUUUAUUUUGAAGGUGUAUUUUUAAUGUUACGGGCUUUUAUUUUGUCACCAUUCCAGUGGCACAGGAAGUGUUUAUCUAAGAAGUGGUUUCUUGACAUGAUGAAGAUGCUGCCGAAAAGUCCUAAAAUUGCCGUAAAGAUAAAAGGAAACAGUUCCAUGCUGUUGCUGUCUGGCAAAGGAUGUGUCUAAACUUAGAAGCUCCUAGCUGGAAUGGAGACAAGCUCUGACGGUGUUUCCUGAAGAAAGGAGUGAAGGACAGAAAGGUGAAUUUUUGUUCAAAAUAAGGCCGACAGCUGAACGUAAAUAAAGGCUUUGUGAAACAUC